GAUCUAAAAACUUUAGAAUUAGUGCUUUAAAAGAGCAUACUAAAACUAAAGAUCAUAUCGAUUCAUCCAAAAACGAUAUUCUAUUAAAUAAAUUUAAGCAAUUAACUCAUCUUGGUCGCACUAUUGAAGCUCCAUAUCUGAUUUUUGAGAACUAUUUAAUUAUAUAUGAAAAUAAUACAUAUGCACGAGAAUUACUAUUUUCAAUAUCUACAACAAUUGAAAAAAGUAUUUGGGAAGAGUUAAGUCUUGCAAUGACAAUAGGAAUUACUGUUGAUGAAAGUACUGAUAUUUCUACAGAAUCUCAUAUUAUAAUUUAUGUUAAAUACCUUAUUGAUGAUAUUAUUAAAAUAUGA